UCGGGAUCGGAAUUCAUUUAAAGAAAGAUGAAAACAUUUUUGAUCGUUGAUUGUCAUUUCAUUGAAAAUUUAAUACAAAUUUAUAAAUUUGCCUGCAAAAAAGGCAGAGUAUAUCAGAGAGUAUUUGAUUGAACAAUAUAUUGAUACAAAUGUUAUCAAAUGAACUGAAGAGGUACAUAAGAGCAUGGAAUAUAAGAAAAAGAGUUCAUACCCAGAACCCUGUAGGUGGAGUGUUCCGACCGUUUGACCACUACGACUCAGAUGAUGAAGACAGUGAGGAAGAGGAGGAAGAUGUACAAUUCCUCAGUUUUAAGGAAAUCAAGUCCUCAUUUGGUGGAGGAAAGACCUUCUUCAAGAGGACAAAGCAGAAAGGAAUCAAAGGGACAUUGGUUGACCAGAGAAGAAGAUGCAGAGUGGACGUUAAUGCUGGAUUCCACCUCACUGAUCCCUGGUGGCGGAUCCAAAUUCUUAGGACGGAUAGAAAGUUUGACGGCUUAUCACAUCAGGUUGACUCGUGUGCUCUGUCUUACCAGCUUCUAGAGAAGGAGUGGGUGCUGGAGAAUGGAGUCUUAUUCCAGUUCCUCAACAAGUAUACAUCUCGGGCCAAUAUAGAAGAGGAAGAUGUGGAUGGGAGAGACGGCCAGCAACAGCGCGGAACUCCUAAUCACAGCACAGACCCCCACCCACAUGUUGUAGACUUUGACAAGUUUGUUUGUAAAACGUUAGGGGAACGACACAAGCUGAACUUUGAGGAUGUCAAUGAACUUUUGGACAAGUUUGAGAACUACCUCCCUGAGGAUGAGAAAAUAAAGGUCAUAAAGUUAAGGAGCGCCCUGGACAGUCCAGGGGCCCAGCUGGUAUACAAAGCUUUAGAAUAUCCUCUGAUGUUUAGUCUGCUGCCUCAGCUUCUGCCGAUGCAGUUCCUAGAUAUCGUCUAUAUGGACAAGAAGGAUGUGGCAGCCAUGGAGAAAGAUUUAAAAGAGAGACCCUGGGUGUUUGGCUUUAAACAGGUUUUAAGUAAGGACCACCACAUUAUUGGAUGUGAAGCUCAGUGGAAUUAUUAUGAAAAAGCAGGUCUGGCACAACACAUACAACAACCCUACAGAGACGCAUUACUGAUCUACGAUUUCCUCAAAGUCCAAACAAAAGACGGCCACACAGGGCUCAAAAGUAAGGACAUCCAGGAGUCGAUGUAUAAAUACGUGUCUGACUACAAGGGGGCCAUUAGUUUUCUGAAGAGGAACAAGGUGGUGAAGGAGGAGACAAUAAGCAGGGUGACCUGGAUAUUCCUGUACAGUCUGUAUAAAGCCGAGGAGUUCAUCGCCCGCGGGGUGACGCGGCUCUUCCAGGAACAGAUGGAGGACCAGUGGAUCCUAGAUGUUGAUCUGGAGAGUGAAAAAUUUGCUGGUAUUCAGAGUGAUCCAGACCAACUGAAUGCUGCUAAAUUACUGACCCAGCUUCCUGUAGUGGUGAUUUCUGGGAAGGGUGGAUGUGGUAAAACAACUGUGGUUACCAAGGUGAUGUCAUCUUGUCGGGCGGGAAAUAGCUUACCACAGGAUGGAGGUGAAGAAGAGGAAGAAAAGAAAGGACAUUGUGUUCCAACAGAGAGUCCAGAAUCACCUGAGGUACCUGAGAUACUGUACACAGCUCCUACAGGCAAAGCCGCCAACUUACUGGGCAAGCGGGCAGAGGCGACGGGCUACACUCUCCAUCAAGUGACGUUCAGCUUUAUGAGGUAUUGUAUGGACAAAAAGGAGAAGCCGGAACUAGAGUGGAAGUUUAAGGAUGUGAACACGCUGGUUGUGGAUGAAUGCUCUUUGGUUGCCAUAACAACUUUCCAUAGUUUAUUUAAAAUGUUAGUGAGGGAGGCUAAUCUUAGAAGAAUCGUGUUGCUAGGCGACGUGAGACAACUGCCCUCUAUCGAGCCAGGCAACUUUCUCUCUGACAUGUUCAAUGGGUUGCAGAAUCUAGGGUGUGCAGUAGAGCUAAGGACCAAUCACAGAUCGGAAUCUCAGCUGAUUAUUGAUAAUGCUACAAGGAUUUCAGAGCAGAGAAGCCCAAUCUUUGACCAUGAGAGAAACUUUAAACUUUAUAAAGUGAUGGCAGACCAGAAAAAUGACUUUAUUAAUGAAGUGGUUCAAGAGAUUCUUAACAAAGAGAAAUCACUGAGUAAUGAUAAAACUUCACAGUUUGUGUCAUUUAGAAAAGAUGAUAUCAAAAAGGUAAAUGAAGUCUGCUGUAAAUUCUACAACCAUCACACGCAGAGAGACCACAAAAAGAAACUAAUAUUUCGAACAGGUGACAAAAUCUGCAUGACCAAAAAUGGCCAGGUUGCUAUUUAUGAAGAAAAUGGUGCUGGUAUGAAACUAAAAUUAGCUAAAAAGGAGGAAGAGGAGAAUUUUCCUGAGGAUCUCGAAAUUUCAGGAGUGGAACGAGGAAAUGAAACUUUACCUAAUGGCACAUUAAGAUCAACCCAGGGAGAAGGCAAAAAGAAAGAAGCAGUGAGAAAUAGACUUUGCAAUGGCGAGAUUUUUUUCAUUAAAGAUGACAAAACUAUCAUAGAUGAAAGGGGAAAGAGUAUACGCUAUCUGUAUCUGUCAAAUGAAGACCCAGAAGAUCCAAGGGAGUUAUGGUGUGAAUUCAGAGAACUCCGGGACAAGUGUAAAAUCAUACAUGCAUGGGCUAGGACAAUCCAUACAUUUCAGGGGUCAGAGACCAACACUGUUGUGUAUUACCUUGGAAGCUCUGUAUCUUGGCAGAACUGGCAGCAUGUAUAUACUGCGGUUACAAGGGGGAGAAAAGAGGUGUACAUCUUAGGAUCAGACAUGGUCCUGAGUAAGGCUAUCGCAAAUCGCCCUAACAAGAGGUGGACAAGUCUGCAGUACCAGCUCAAUAAAAUUCUACCUAAUCGAGAAGAGUUGAACCAGUCUUUACAGACAUUAACUGAGGACACAGAGGAAUCUGUCUGUAAUAACUCUCUUCCUUCUACUCAGACAAACAGUUUCCAUGUGGACAAACCAGCGGGCCAGACGUUCACCAGAAUAAAGCCCUCCCCCUACGAGCCACACCCUCAGAGCCCCGGGGCAGGGCCUUCCAAGCCACACCCUUCCUGUGUUCUAGCUUCCACCGCUUAUCAGCCUAGACCUCAGAACUUUUCUUCUCAUUCUUCAUCACCAAUGGCUUCCAGACUCCAUUUUCAGAGCCCCAAGCCUUUAAUACAGCAAGCUACUUCAUCUCCAUUUAACCGACAGGCAUUGGGUAACUUCAGUAAUGUCAGUCCUGUUCAAAAGCAAGAUUCACCAAAUGUGAAUAAAAGUUCUAAUGAAAGUCAGUGGUCAGAAGUUGAUGAAAGCUUGCUGCUUUUCUCUGAGGAACAGCUUAGAAAUGAGGCUUUGUUUGAGAACUGCGGUCCCCUGCCUGGUGCUAGAAAUGAUGAAGGAAAUGAGGAAAAAGAGGAGGAAGAUAUAGAGAACGAUGAAUGUGAAUCAGAUGCCACUCAGAGCCCAGAUGAUGAUGAGGAGGAGGAGGAGGAGGAGGAGGAAACUGAAAAGGAAGAGACCUUUAAAUCGGAGAUCAAGAGAAGUGGAGUUAUUGUCAUAAGAAAGCAGGAAAGAUUGAACAAAAUAUCUCAGAAAAUAGAUGAAUCUGAUGAAGAUGAAGAAUCGCAGAGUCUGUUGCAGAGCAAGGUUGUAGUAAAGGUUAACAUGGAGGAUGAUUGUGAUGACAUGGAAGAUGAUUUUGAUGAUGGAGAGGACGAGGCAUUGACACGACUGUGUGAGGUAGCAGAGAGGAGUUUUGAGGAAGACCAGAGGGAGAAUGGUAAUUCUUGUACCGGGUCUAAUGGGGACUCUGACAGCGACCGAUCAUCUCCCAGUCUGCUGUCCUCUCCUCCUCACAAGUCAAAGAAGAGGAUGUUCAAAGACUCUGAGGAGGGAAGCCACAACAGCUUUAGUUUGUACAGGUCUGGGACUGAGGAGCAGGAAGGGGACUUGUUAGAGGAUUCUGAUGGCGGGUCCUCAUCGCCCAGCAUUCUGUCACCCUCACCGAGCCCCACUAAAAGACUCAGUGGGGGUCCCCCGAGGGGACACGUUACACCAAAGAAAUUAAAAAUGGACCAGCUGCAAAAUAUCUCAUCUCCCAUGUGCAGAAAACUGGACAAUUUAAGUAUGUCACAAGAUUGAUGAUCAAAGUGUUCUAGGUUUUCAAGGAAAUGGCAAUAAUCAAAUUUAUUAUUUUAUUUAUGCAAAAAUCAUUUGCUCUCUCCUUUUCUUUUUUACAAUGCAUGCAACAUGUACUUUUGACAUGUGUUAGUUUUAUUACCAUUAAUGCAAGAUUAUUUUAUAUGAAGGAUUUCAUAAUUUAUCAUUUCUGAAGUCUUGUCAUUAUAAGUUCAUGUGUUUUAUGGAAAUUUACUGGUCAGGUAUGCAUCCCAUUAUUGUAAGGAAAUUAUCCCAUUUUGAAUUUUCUCUUUUCAUCUGUAGAAUACUCACUAUACUAGUAUUGUUUAAACUCUUUAGUGAUAUUUUUAAACCUUUAGUAUUUUCCUCAUUAAAUAAGAAAAAAAAUUGUACAGUAUUUACAUGUAAAAAAAGGAGGGGGGGUUUACAGCAUUUGUUAGUCAACUUUAACGCACACCCCCUAAAAAAAGAACAUUAGUAUUUAGAUAAGGAAAAUAUUUUGUAUAUGUAUAUCUACAAUGAAUCAGAUUUCUGAAACAAUUAUUUGCCUAGUUUUUCAAACUUUUUUGCUCUAGGUUUAUAAAUAUCAUUUCUUAAUUCAGGAACAAAUUUUCAUUGGGUUACUCUGCAUUGCAUUGGUUAUAAUUACUUUAACAUGUGAUCAUGAAGUGAUAUCAGCCAGACAUUUGACAUGUGUUCAAUAUGUGUUCAAAAAUUGCACAAAUAUUUAUUUAUAUAUUGUUGAAGUUGAAUUUGUUCAGGGAUAUAUAGACAAAGGGUAUUCUAAACUUUAUAGAUACAAUGUGUUCAGAAUUUGUAAUGUAUUGCUUUUUGUACAUCAAACAAUGUUAUAGUUUUUGAAGACAGAA